ACUGGACUGUGGAGUCCCCUAAAGCCUUAAGAGGAAUCUCUUCAUUUAAUUCCAUUACAUAUAUCCAGUUUUAAUUUCUCUGCUUGCCAGUUGCCGCGCUUCCCAGAGCUGUGCAUGCUUUUGGUAAAUAAAAUGGCUCAACACGGCCCAAGACUUGUAGUGCCCAUAGACCUGAAGAAGAAGCCCUGGGAACAGAAACUGCCCCUUCAUAAUCGAUGGCACCCCGAUAUACCAGCAGUUGCCGAUGUGAAGGCUGGAGAGCUGUUUCGAGUUGAAAUGGUAGAUUUCAGUGGAGGUGCCAUCACAGAUAAUGCAUCCGCAAUAGAUGUGAAAACCAUUGAUCUCUCAACUGUGCAUUAUCUCAGCGGUCCCAUAAAAGUUUCAGAUAAAGAUGGCAUUCCAGCCAAGCCAGGUGAUCUUCUUGCGGUUGAAAUCUGUAAUUUGGGCCCUCUUACUGGAGAUGAAUGGGGUUAUACAGCAACAUUUGACAGAGAAAAUGGAGGUGGUUUUCUGACAGAUCAUUUCCCUUGUGCAACCAAAGCAAUUUGGUAUUUUGAGGGAAUAUAUGCUUACUCUCCUCAGAUACCAGGUGUACGAUUUCCAGGUUUAACUCACCCUGGAAUAAUUGGAACUGCUCCAUCAAUGGAACUCCUAAGCAUAUGGAAUGAAAGAGAGAAACAACUAGAAGAAAAUGGUCCCCAAUCUCUGAAGUUGUGUGAGGUCCUGCACUCACGACCACUGGCAAACCUACCAACAUCCAAAGGUUGUCUUCUUGGAAAGAUCCAAGAAGGAACUCCAGAAUGGGAAAAGAUUGCAAGAGAGGCUGCACGGACAAUCCCAGGAAGAGAAAAUGGAGGAAAUUGUGACAUCAAGAAUCUCAGUAAGGGUUCAAAGAUAUAUCUUCCAGUAUUUGUAGAUGGAGCAAAUUUCAGUACGGGUGACAUGCACUUCUCCCAGGGCGAUGGAGAAGUCUCCUUCUGUGGAGCAAUAGAGAUGAGUGGAUUUCUAGAGCUCAAGUGUGAAAUCAUAAGGGGAGGGAUGAAAGAGUACCUAACACCAAUGGGUCCCACUCCUCUUCAUGUGAACCCAAUCUUUGAAAUAGGCCCAGUCGAGCCAAGGUUCUCAGAAUGGCUGGUUUUUGAAGGCAUCAGUGUUGAUGAGAGUGGGAGGCAACAUUACCUUGACGCAAGUGUUGCAUACAAGCGUGCAGUGCUCAAUGCCAUUGACUAUCUCAACAAAUUUGGAUACUCCAAAGAGCAGGUCUAUCUUUUGCUAUCGUGUUGUCCUUGUGAAGGAAGGAUAUCAGGAAUAGUUGAUUCUCCAAACGCUGUUGCAACUCUUGCAAUUCCAACAGCUAUAUUUGACCAGGUAUCCAUAUUGCCUAAUUCUGCUUUACCAAUUACAGUACCUUCCUGCAUCAAAAUCAGUUUAUUGUUGAUGAUCUGUAGAACUACCAAAUCCUCUCUCAGAUGCAUCUUCAUGACAUCUAUACAUAGCCAAACCAUCAAAUUGGCACUGAGAAGUGAAAAUGAAUUUCAUAGACCUGGAUAUAUGGCAACAAUCACUGUCUGUCGUGUGUAUACGGUAUCUUGGUGCAAAAGGAAGAGUCAAGCUACUGCAAGACCUGUCCAAGAAGUUCAAGCACUAAGAUAGUCUGAAAUGUAAGCAAAUAUGUUGCACG